AUGGCGGAAGGGAAGGCUGCAGAGGAGAAGCCUGAAAAGCAGCAGAGAAAUGUAGCCUCCGGAGGACCUGGAGAAGAAGCAGAAAAAUCUGUGAAAACUAAGACUGUUUCUUCCAGUAAUGGAGGGGAAAGUUCCAGUCGCAACGCUGAGAAGCGAUCAGCUGAAGAAGAAGCUGCAGACCUCCCAACAAAAUCUACGAAUAUCUCCAAGUUUGGACUUGCCAUAGGUAGUCAGACAACAAAGAAAGCAUCAGCCAUAUCCAUCAAACUUGGAUCAACUAAGCCCAAGGAAACUGUUCCCACUCUUGCUCCAAAAACCCUUUCAGUAGCAGCAGCUUUUAAUGAAGAUGAAGAUAGUGAGCCAGAGGAACUGCCUCCAGAAGCAAAGAUGAGGGUGAAGAAUGUGGGAAAGGACACACCAACAUCAGCUGGACCAAACUCCUUCAAUAAAGGAAAGCAUGGGUUUUCUGAUAACCAGACGCUAUGGGAAGGAAAUAUAAAAUCUCAUCUGGGAAAUGUCCAUGACCAAGACAAUUAAAUGAUGUGUUUUGAAAUUGGGGCACAGG